AAGACAUUUCGCACUCGCAAACUAAUCGAAUUCGUAUUGGUUCGUGCUAAGGGUAUAGGGACGUACGUCCAAUGUUUGCCAGGUUGUUGUUUUUACUAUGUUCCUCGCAGUUUUUCCAUUUUUUCUCACCGUAUAAACCUUCCCUGAGCUACGACAAACAAAAGCAGCCCAGCCGUUCGCGAGCUUUUUAAGAUAAAAAAAAACAUGCAUUAUGGCAAACUAUAUCAUAUUUGUAUGUUUCUUUUAUCUUAAAAAGUCAUCAUCAGCCUAUUAAUGUCCCCAUUGCUGGGGCACAGGCCUUUCCUAUGGAUGGAAUAGGGAGAUUGGGCCAUGACCCACCAAGCAAGCCCAGUGCGGAUUGGUAGGUGCUAACGACUGCAGAUGCAGCCGGGACCAACGGCUUAACGUGCCUUCCGAAGCACGGAGGAACUCAAGAUAGUAAAUUUUUGGUCACCCAUCUAAUAACCGACCACUGCGAAAGUUGCUUAACUUCAACGAUCGCAGCCGAAUGCGCUAAGCACUUGCGCCAUCGAGCUCCUCAUCUUAAAAAGUAAUGACAAUUAAUCAAUGCCAAGUUGUUUUAAAUAUCUUGGCAUGAAUAUAGCUUCCAAUUAAAAAAAAAAUCUUCAAAAAGUUUAUUUGUUGAUGCAAUUUAUUAUCAUUCCUGAUCAAAAGAUGCUGUUUUCCGAAUAUCCGACCAAAAAGUCCUAUUUCCAUUUUUUAUUACUUAAUUUUGUGCUUUUUAAUAUUAACAAUAAUAAAUAAAUUUAUCCUAAAAAUAAGUGGCCUUCAUAUGAAUUACCUGAAUAAAAAAAAUACACUUCACAUACAUCGUCAAAUCAGCAUACGUUUUUUUAAUUUUAUCAACAUUUACUUAGCAUGUAAAUAGACCCUUUCGAACAAAUGCUCCUCUCACAUAAUAUAUUAGAAGAUAGCUACUCAUGUUAUUAUCAUUGAUGUGUGAUGACAAGUCUAGACAACCGAAUUCCCAAACCUUAAACUGUACAUAACAUUGUGUAGAUACAUUUCGUGUGAUCGAUCUGAGGAGAGCCUUAUACCUCAAGCGAUCUUAAUCAAAAAAAUAUUUAUGUGUAAGUUACAAAAAUAACUGCAUAAUUAACGAGUACCUUUAAGAUGCAUAAUAUAAUUUUAUAAUGCGCCUAUCUAGGUAUUUAUAGCUUGCAAUCUAAUCAUUAAUUAGUUUGGUUAUCUAAAUUAAUUCUAAGAGAUUCAAUUUAUAAAUUCGACCACUGUAUAAAAAUUAUUUCAUUGUUUGUUUAAUAAUUUUCUAGCGAGUUUAGUUGACGAGUGGUAAAACAAUGUUUAUAAAGUGAGUGAAAUCUACUUGGGAGUACAGACACGUGUUUUGCCCUCGAGGUCAAUGUUACGCACGCGGCCUGUCGGGACCCAUCCCCGACAACCACCCUGCGCUUGGAUACGACCACCCAUUUCCCCGAUCAGUCUACGUCGCGACGCUACGCGGUUAUCAUCUGUACCAUUCGAGUCCAGCCAGUGCCUGUGUUAAAAACCUUUUUUCAGCUGAACCUCCAAAAAACCAUAGCCAGUAAGAAAAAUUAAAAAACAAACAUGUCUUCGGACACGACAAAGCUGUACCCCAACUGCGACUCCUCUGUAUGGCUGAGGUCAUGCGAGCAAGAGGUCACAGAACCCUUGGAGGGAGAAAUUGAAGGAGAAAUCCCUGCGUGGCUCAGUGGAACCCUUCUCCGCAACGGACCUGGGUCACUGAAAGUAGGAGACAUGAGAUUCGACCAUCUGUUCGACGGCUCUGCUUUACUGCACAGGUUCGCUAUAAACGACGGCAUAGUGACGUACCAGUGUCGGUUUCUGCAGUCGCAGGCGUACAAGAGGAACCACGCGGCUGGCCGGAUAGUCGUCUCUGAGUUCGGCACUGUCGCUGUACCGGACCCGUGUCAUACGAUAUUUGACAGGGUGGCGGCGGUGUUCAAGCCGGGUGAAUGGAUGUCUGACAAUGCAAUGAUCUCCGUGUAUCCGUUCGGUGACGAAAUGUAUGCCUUCACGGAGGCACCCAUUAUUCACAGAGUGGACCCGGUGACGUUGGACACGCUGGGGCGGCGCGAGCUCAGCUCCGGCGGCACCGCGCUCGUGAGCCACACCUCGCACCCGCACGUGAUGACCGACGGUGACGUAUACAACGUGGGAAUGUCGAUGGUCAAAGGUCGACUGAAGCAUGUGGUUGCCAAAUUUCCAUACACAGAGAAGGGAGAUAUGUUCGAGAGCGCGCGGGUGGUUGGAACAAUGAAACCUCGUUGGACUUUACAUCCUUCUUACAUGCACACGUUCGGUAUAUCGGAGCACUACUUCGUGAUAGUGGAGCAGCCCUUGUCCGUGUCCCUGGGGGGGCUCGUGCGGGCGCGGCUCACCGGCCGCCCCGCCGCCGCCAGUCUACACUGGUACCCGCACGUGCAGACGCACGUAGUCCUCAUUAGCCGCUCGACGGGCGCGGAGGUGAAGCGAUUCUGCACCGACCCCAUGUUCUAUCUUCACAUCAUCAACGCGUUUGAGAAGGACGGCAAGAUUGUCGUCGACCUCUGCGCGUAUAAAGACGCUAAAGCCAUCGACGCCAUGUACAUUCAGGCUAUUGAGAACAUGCAAAGCAAUGCAGAAUACGCGGAAUGGUUUCGCGGCAGGCCGAAAAGACUGGAAAUGUCGUUAGACGCCCCGAACCUCACGAAGAUCAAACCUAUACUACUGGCCGACGUCGGCUGCGAAACUCCGAGGAUAAACUAUGAUUUAUAUAACGGCCGUCCCUACCGAUACUUCUAUGCUAUUAGUUCGGAAGUGGACGCAGAGUUUCCUGGCGCAGUGAUCAAAGUGGACACCGUGACGGGUGAAGUGAAAACGUGGAGCGAGGCCGACUGCUACCCCAGCGAACCGAUAUUCGUGCCCGCACCUAACGCUAAGGAUGAAGAUGACGGCGUUCUCCUCAGCUCGUUGGUAUUCGCGAGUGACACUCAUCGCGUAUCGCUGGCAGUACUCGCGGCGAAGGAUCUCAAACUGUUGGCGUGUGCUUCCUUCCAUACUAGCUCGCCCGCGCCGAAGUGUUUACACGGCUGGUUUACGCAACACGUGCAGUCCAAAUAAUUCAGUAAAAUAUUUUACGUACAGGGAGUCAACCAAAGUUAUCCAAAACUCAAAUGUUAUCUAACCGUCUUUCAGAGUUAUUUCGCUUGAAAUAAAUGACUGUUGACGUGUGCUUCCUUUCAUACUAGCUCGCCCGCGUCUAAAUGUUUACACUGCUGGUUCACGCAACAUAUGCAGUCCAAAUAAAUUACUGAAACAUCCAUACUACAAAUCUUUUUCUGUUGUGGUUCUGUAAUUACAAACAGCUAAGCAAAGUUAUCUAAAACUAUCUAAACCACUUUCAGCGUUAUUUCACUUGAAAUAAAUAACUAUGUUGACGUGUGUUUCCUUCAACACCAGCUCGCCCGCGCCCAAGUGUUUACACGGCUGGUUUACGCAACACAUGCAGUCUAAAUAAUUCAGUAAAAUAUCUAAAAUACAGACAGCCAACCAAAGUUACCCAAAACCACGGAGGAAAAACAAAGAGGAGCUGGCCUAAGCAACUGUGCACUGUGAUUUUCAACUAGGUCCUGACGUCAUCAUUGUGGGCGGGGCCUAAGUCAGUAUGCUUUCAGCAUUCGUCAGGUGCACACUUAACGAGACUCGCAUUAUAAGUGUUUUUUUGCGUUUUUAACAAGAAAAGGAUGAAGUUUUGUGUUUUACUAUGUCAAAGUUACUCAGACAGACGUUCUGAUAAUAUGGAUGGCAUCACAUUUCAUUUGUAAGUAAUUUUAUACGUAAUUAAAUAUAUAAGUUCUAGAACAUUCUCAGCCUCAGCUUUCAGCGUUAAAAUUCUACUACUUGACACCAGAUGGCGACACUUUUAGGAAGAAAAUACACAAGUUUACGUAUAAUUUUGCAGUAUUAUAUUGUAAUAAUCAUACGUAAAUACUGAAAACUGUUAUACACUUAUUCCUAAAUAACUUUUAGUAUUUAAAACAGUAAUUUUAUCAAUAUAUUACUAACUGGCCGCCCUCUGUCGUCAUAUAGAAUAACUUUUUAAACGUUACAAAUAUCCAGGGCCGUAAUACGUAUUAAAUUAUUUACCAAGUAAAUAAAUUUUAAUUAUUUUUAUGUUCGUUUUAGAUUUCCAUCCAACGAUAAUUUAAAACAGCAAUGGAUUUCAAAACUUAAUAGACCGGAUUGGACACCAUAGAAGAAGAAGAUAUUUCCAUUUUAAAUGAAUCUUCUGUGCAAAAAAUUAAUAUUACAUCAGAACGUUAUCGCAUUUUAAAUAAAAUGAGUUUCGAGUCUUCGGAUAGCACGGAUGUCGAGCCUGUGCCUGACGAUAUGUUAUUGGAAUUUGAUGAACAAUUAAAUACAACUAUAGGUGACUAUUUGCGCCGUCAAAUAGUAGCAUAUAUUUCUGGGUAUGUGGUCAAAUAUUUACAUUCCAAGAUCAAAUGUGAGAGCUGUCUCAAAGAAUUAUAUGCUGAUAACUACGACGAUAGUGACCUUGAUUUGAUAAAAACUAAAAAUAAGGGUGGUCUUACUUUCCCAUCUAGAGAUGUCAUAAAAAUAUGUAUACGGACCGAAGGCAGUAUUCGUUGUGUUAAAUCGCAAUCUUUGAAUACUCCUAACUUUCGUAAACAUAAAAUUGUAUCGAAUACAUUAAAAUCACUUAUUGGACAAGAUUGUUUCAAAAAAUCGGCCAACCAUAUGUUUGACCAAUCACCUACAGUUAAUCAUGUUGUAUUUCUGAUGAAAUCGAUUGCAGAAAAAUAUAUUGAUAUUCGUUUUAAGCAUUUUGCCACAAUACAAAACGAUACGGCAACGAACCGACAACAACUAACCAAAACUAUUCUUUACAGGUAAUUGAUGUUUUUUAAUAAAAUUAUGUUUGUAAUAACAUUUUGUCUAUUAUUUUUAAACUACCUUAAAAUUUAAAUCUAAAGAAAAUAUAACUAGAAAAAUAUCCACGCGGACCAGGCAGCAGACGGGAGCGGGUGCGGGUUCGAGUCCCGUCUGCUGCCUGGUCUGCCUGGAUUUUUUUUCAUCAAGCAGUUACAUGUUUUAAAAUAAUAAAAAUUAUAGCUUAAAAAUUUUAAAAUCGGUCAAAUUUGUUAACGUUUAUUUUAUUUAUUUACCUACAUAUUUCAUUUUUUUGAAGCUUCAAGUAAUAAUCAUAAUCAUAAUCAAAAUCAUUUAUUCAGUUUAGGCUGUUACAAGCACAUAUGAAUGUCUAGAAGCUACGCCAUCGGUUCGUAAAUCUACGGCGGGAGACCUUGUACUGAGAAGAACCGGCAAGAAACUCAGCAAGGGCUGUUUUAAUUUCUCCCUGUUUUAUUAUUUACAGAGUCGUCAAAUUGAAAAAUGACUUCAGAGGUGAUUCAUGAAGUCACUUUUCAUUACAUAAUUAUUAAUAUACAUUAAUUGUUUACCUGCAUUUUGAUUGCUGUGUCAUACAGUAUAAAUACAAAUAGUGUUAUUUAUAUUAAGUGUGACUAAACAUUAACUUCAAUAUUAAGGAAGUUAGGGCAGACUCAUCUCCGCUGGCAGCACCCGUUCACGAGCAUGACGCAUGAACCAGCCAUCGCUUCGCUCAACCAUAUUUUAGGGAACGUAACGACCCGCCUCACACGACACCGCCGAAGAGACUAUUAUGAGAGCAUGACUACCCAUAACUACCCAUACUAACUACAACAUAUUUACUCAAAUUAAGGUCAUUUACCAGUAAGACACAACAAACAAUUACAAAACAAAGCAAAGGAGAAAUCACGACCACGCCGUUUUGUCAAUCAAAUAUUCUUAAACAGUCUGUGGUAAUCUUACUUAAGUUAUUAACUUUAUAUACAGCUUUCAGUUUAAUUAUAGUAUUGUCAACACAUAAUUCAUAAUUUAAAUCAUAUAGAAAUAUCCGUUGGAAUGGUUGGAACAGUUCAUACCCAAGCAUUUUUGUCUGUAAUAUAAUCAGACACUUUAUAAUAUGCUUUCUUAACUAGUGAUUUUUUAAUGGUCGAUUUAAAUUUAGUCAUGCUUAACUCUUGAAUAUUGCUUGGAACUUUAUUGUAAAAGCGAACACUAAGACCUCUAAACGAAUUAUUGAUUUUGUGGAGCCUAGUAGCAGGUAAAGUUAAGUUAUUUUUGAUAUUGAUUUGAUAUAUUCGAUUCUGAGUACGUCCCAUUAUAUACAAAACUUUUGAACAUCUAGUGUUAGAUUGCUGAACUACUACGUAGUAACAUAAAUAUCAACCUAAGCUAGUUUUGCUAUUAGCCGAUAGAUGAAAUAUUGAGAAGUGGGCGGAGCUGAACACCCCGCAUCCCGCAAAUUAUCACGCGUCGUUUCUUGAGAAAAUUUAAUCACCACACCUCCUCUUUGUUUUUCCUCCGUGCCCAAAACUAAAACUUUAUGUAACCGACUUUCAGCGUUAUUUCACUUGAAAUAAAUAACUAUGUUGACGUCUGUUUCCUUCCACACCAGCUCGCCCGCGCCCAAGUUUUUACACGGCUGGUUCACGCAAUACAUGCAGUCCAAAAAAUUAUCUGAAACAUACACAAUAAAACUCUUUUUCUGUUGUGGUUUUGUAAUUACAAACAGCUUAGCAAAGUAAUUCAAAACUAAAAAUUUAUCUAACCGACUUACAGAUUUACCUUGCUUGAACUAAGAUCUAUUCUGAGUGUGUCUUCUUUUACACCAGCUCAUCAUUUUUGACGUUUGCUCCCUUCCAUACCAGCUCGUCCGUAUCUAAAUGUCUACACGGAUGGUUCAUGCAAUAUAUGCAGUCCAAAUAAUUUCGUAAAAUAUCUAACGUACAAUCAACCAAAGUUAUCCAAAACUGAAAAUUUAGGGAUCAAUCUAAGCGACUUACAAAUUUAUCUUUCUUGAAAUAAGAAACUCUUCUGUGUACGUCUUCUUUUACACCAGCUAAUCCGCGCCCAAAUGUUUACAUGCAUGGUUCACGAAAUACGUGCAAUCCAAAUAACAGUGAAACAUCCAACAUAGAAACAGCCACAUGAAACUAGGCUGGAAUUCUUCUUAUGGGAUGUACUAGUUGAGUUGAAGUGCAUUAUCAAACAGUAAACCCUUAUAUUACUUGUAAUAGAUUUUUAAACGAUUGAUAAAAUAAAAUUACAGUUGGUGAAUAUUUUCACAAUUUCAAAAUCAAUCCGUUGAGUGUUGUACCUCUGAUCAUUCCCAGUCUUAAUUUCGGGAAAAUUCCCAGUUUACCGGUAAUAGGUAUAUUAAUAUUUAUAGGAAAUUUCUAAAAUUCACGGUAACGUCACAUCACGUGUCUGUGCUUAUCCAUGGACCAAACCAAUAAAAAAGCGUAGGUAUGCUAUAUUUUUAUAUUAUAACCUUAAAAAAAUGGGCGAUUUGUUAAAUAAAUAAAAAUUGUUGUUCGUAUCUUUGUUAAUUAAAUUAAAAUACUGUUAAGGAAAGUACUCGAGGCCGUAGUAUAUAAAUCUCACCAAGAGAAUAUUUGUCCUUGAUAAGACCAUUAUUUAUACAGUGCAGUUAUAUUAUUGGCCCGUUAACUUUAGGCCUAAAGCUAAACUUUUUGGAAAAUUAAAUGUAAGUUUAAAAUGUAAUAAUACAAUAAUUAAUUCACAUGAUGAAUGUUGAUUUGCUUGCAAAAGGAAUGUGUUAUUGAAAUUUAUAGUAAGUAUUAUAAUUAUUGACAAGAUACAUCAAUAUAUCAUUGAUUAAUGAUAAGAUCCUUUUAAUUUGACUUAACAUGGUCUAAACCUAAAGAAAAAGUAACUAGAAAAAAAUCCACGCGGAACAGGCAGCAGAUGGGUCUCGAACCUUUUGCUGUCAGUACCAUUAUGCUACCGCGGCCCUGAUGGCUGUGUCGAAUUUUCUCUAGCAUUUCUUGGGCUGCAAGGCAGCGCCAUCUCUUCGCAUUGUAGGUAAACCCACAAUGUCAAAUGAAUAUCUUUACAAGUAUUAAAUAUUUGAAAGAAAACGUUAUAAUUAUAGUUAUAUAUUUUUUAGCACUUCGCUAUCCGAACGAAUGCCCAAAGCGGAGGGUCCUGGUUCGAUUAGAUUUUUUUCUAAUAUUUUUUUCUUUAGAUUUAAACAGCUAGCAGUUAAAUACUGCAAAUAAAAAAUUAACAUGGACUAUUUAUAAGUAAUCGUUUUUUGUGCAUAAUAUGUUUAUGGACACAUGUCCAUCAUGUAUUAAUUAGCUUAAAUAACAACAACUAAAGAUACCUGAAAUAAUUAAAAUAAUUAUUAUACUAUUAUACAAAUUAAAGAUCAUUUGUAACAUGAAAACAAUAUAAAUGUAAUUUUUAUACUUUUUUUUAAUAAGAUUAUGCGUAUCAUUAAAAUAAGUUCUACAUAGAAUUAAGGUUUUAUAAUAUUAUACUGUCAUUUUAUGCUAUAUAUAUAUAUAUAAGUUUUGUUACUCUUAAUUAUUAUUUAAGAAGCUCUAAAAUCGCUCAAAGAUAAUCUGUAAAGUAAGAAGUAAAUUUACUAAAGUACCAACUUGAGUUAGCAACAUAUUAAAUUGUUGCUUUCUGUACCCUUAGUAAGAGUUUGAGCUCACGAAAACUAUCAUAGUUUUCGUAAUUGUAAAUUAUGUUUCUGUGUCCAUUUUGGUGAAAAUGAACCAAAUAUACAUAAAAUUUAAGACGCAGAUGAUUGAAUAAUAGAAUUUAAACACUGUUUAUUUGUAGUGAAACGAAAACAAUAAAAUCUCAGUACCCUUAGUACGAGUGCGAGCUCACGAAAACUAUUAUAGUUUUCGUAAUUGUAAAUCUCGUACUAAGGGUUCAGUAUCGUUUAUACUCGAAGAAAUGUACCUAUAAUUAUAUAUUUUCUAUAAUCCCUUAAACCCUAUCUUCACCUAUUUUCUACAAAGGUCCCCUAUAUUUCUUGUGAUACUAAUCUUUGGUUCAUGAAGGGAAGAGCUUUUUUUUAGAAAUUAACAAUUAUCAAAUGAUGAUUAGUAUGAAAAAUCAAGGAAUUUAUAUACCUAUCGGUAUCUAAGUUAAAUAAAUUCCUUCGUAUGCAUAAUAAUAAUAAUUGUUUAUUAAAGGCAUAUAAAACCCAAUAAAAGUCAUAUUUAAAUUACAAUAAAAAAAUAUAAAGUGUAAACAGAGUAAAAAUAAAUAAAAUCAUAAAAGAAAAAUAAAACAAUUAAUACAGGUAGUUAAAGAUUACCUACGUCAUCUAAAGUUAUGCUGGUGUGAAUAGUUUAUCAAGACCAAAAUGAUAUGAAACCUACAAUCUCGCUUUUUAGACCCCUUAAGCUCGUUUCUCUUCUAUAAUUUAAACACUAUCACUCAUACUAAUAAACAAAGAAUAAGCUUGGAUUAGUUACACCAUGUUUUAUCUCUGUUCAUUGAAUGACAAAUGUCACUUGAGUGAUAUGAACAAUACCUGGCGUAAGUAACUAGUCUUAGCUUAUUUCUUGUUUACUAAUAAAGGGGUACCUAUAAGUAUAUAUAUUUGUUAGUAUAUACCGUAUAUCGAGCAGAAUCUUGUUACUGCGAAAUUCAUUUAGCAUAACAGACUUGGCAAAAGCUACUUUAAACGAACAUUUGUAAGGCAUAUGUUUUUGUAUAAAAUUAUUGUUUGGCCGAAUAUUUACAUUUUCGAAUUUACAAUUGAAUACUUUUAAGAUAGCGGAAUACCAUUAGGUAUAAUUAUAACCUAUGUCAAAUUUUAUUCUGCAUAAUUUAGUAAAGCAUAACGUUUAUAAAUUUUAUCAUAGAUUCGGUGUUUGUGGUCAGUGGGUUAGGUGAGGUUAGUAUUAUAACAUAUACUAGCUGCGAUGUAUGCCAAGAGACGGUUUUGAUUGUGAACUUUUUGCAAUAUGAUGGUUCUGCUUUUUAAUUAUUGUGGAUAUAAAAUUUAUGCCUUAAGAUGAUUCUGGCUUACAAAAUUAUGAGUUUGAAUGCUAAAUGAUUUUCUGCGAAAUUAAGUUUAUGCCAUCUGCUGGUAUGCAAAAUAUUAUUAGUUUAAUAACAAAGUAACAUUACAUUAAUUUGUACCUAAAUAUUAAUAAAUUAAUAUUAUAUUAAGGCUCUAACAUUACUUGUUUAAAAUUGUUUAUGCAGUUUAAAAUAGGUACAUUUGUACCCUAACGCCGAGUAUUAUUUAAGCAACACAAGCUUAUAGUUGUUACGAUAUAGAUAAAAAUAAAAAAUAUAUAUUUAUUUACUAACUAAGGUAACUAGGGUAUUCCGAAACAGACUAUUCUCAUGUACUGAAAACGCAACGAUGGCAGGAUAUUUUAGAUAUUAAUUAAGAAUUGUGUACAGAAUAUUUUUGUCAUAUACAUAAUGAUACUUAUACUGUGUCUAUAUAAUAAAUAUAAGGUUUAUAGACUGAAUUAUUUCUCUCUAUGUUGAUUAAAAUUUAGGAGAAUUGGGUUGGUUUGGUAGCAACACUACCUUUUAUCUUUGGAAUCCAUAUUAAGUCGUUAUUCUCGGUUGCAUCUGCAGUCGUUAGCACCCACCAAUUGGCACCCGAGCGGCGUUGAGGGUCACGGCCCAAUCUCCUUAUUAUCCAUAGAGAAGGCUUGUGCCUCAGUAGUGAAGACAUUAAAAACGAAAACUGCUUUGUGUUUUGACCACAAUUUCGAUUUCCAUAUGUUGAAAGAAAACAAAGUAAAACCCUGAUGACUUAAUGCCGCUGUCUUCUACGCACACGGCUCGUGGUAGUAAGGUAAUCUAUUAGCGAAAAGCAAAUUUGACCAGCAAACAUACUGAGUAAUUACUGUAGUGGCUUACGUUGUGACGCACACCCCAUGACUUCAGUCUUUAAGAGGACUCCAUUCAAAAUGGUAAUACGUUUGCUAGUUCGAAAUUUGAGUGUAGUGUUAAUUCUUACGCAACAAUGUUAAAUUUAUCAAAAUCUAUGAAGGAUAAUGCAACCGACUUGCAACAGUGGACUCAACUUCUACAGGAAACCGUCAACCAUAGGCCCGAUUGGAUCCGUAUCCUAUACCUGAUCAUACUGUUUGCUAUCUUUGUCGUUGGUGUGACUGGUAACCUUCUAACAUGCGUCGUGAUAUACUUCAACAAAACCAUGCACACCGCCACCAAUUGUUAUCUCUUUACUUUAGCUGUAUCGGAUUUAUUGGUCUCUUUUGGUAUCAUAUUAGAGAUCAUUGAACAUACCCACUAUGAUGAUAUACUUGAAUACCGUGAAAGUGUUUGUAAAGUCCACUUUUUCUUAGUUGUGACAUUGUUCCAUAACGGUAUCCUGAUCAUGACUGCUUUAUCCAUCGAAAGAUACAUAGCCAUAUGGCAUCCUCUCUUGCUGAACUCGAGACCACUAUGGAAAAGGAUAAUGAAAAUAAUAAUUUUCAUAUGGACACUGGCUAUAUUGGAGACGUUCCCAGAAGUGUUUACAGUUGAACUGAUCAAGACUCGAUCAUUAUCCAUAUGUUGUAUAGUGCCGUCGAAUUUUGCUAGAUGGCUUAAUGGUGUUUUGGCCGUGGUAAACUUCAUAAUACCUCUGACAAUUAUGAUAUUUGUGUACGCAGCCAUUGCUGUUAAAGUGAAUAUGGCCCAAAGAAGUACGCAGCCUAGGGAUAAGAUUUUCAAUCACCGCAACAACACGAAAAAGGUUAAUAAGCUUGUUGCACUGACUCUGUCUUUCAUCAUCUGCUGGCUACCGAUCUUUACUAUGAGGGUCCUGAUUGUCUUCGUUGACUUUCCACUAUCGCCGCAGCUUUUACAGAACUGGGAUAUACUAUUUAUGCUGACAUCCACGAACAGUUGGUUCACUAUUGUGCUCAAUCCUAUACUUUUCAGUCUGAUGUCCACGAAAUUUAGGGAAGCACUUAAGUCAUUAUGGGACGCCAAAUUCAAGAGAAAACAAACGCAGUUGUGUGUUAUUACGUAAAAAAGCACACUGGGUAAUUGCUUUUACCGUGUUCAAUAGAAAAUGCGUGAGUAAGCAAUCAAGAUAUCUGCGAGUUUGUACUGAUAACGGAGUUGUCUUAUAUUUGUUGACAUACGUUGGUAUAGUAAGUUAAAACUACCUUAUAAAAGCAAAUAAUUGCUUUGUGCUAAAAAAUGUCUGCACGCAAUAAAAAAACCAAUAAUUGUUUUAUGAAAAGAUAUGUCGGAGUAAUAAAUAAAAGAACAAUAGAUACUCAUAAUAUUUGUAAUUAAUUUAAGUCAUUUCUUUUAAUCUAAAGAAAAUAUAACUAGAAAAAAUUCCACGCGGACCAGGCAGCAGACGGGACUCGAACCCGCACCCUUCGCAGUCCGGGUGAAUGCACUGACCAAUUAUGCUACCGCGGCCCUGAUGGCCACAUCGAAAUUCUUUUAGCCAUUCUUAAGCUGCAAUGCAGCGCCAUCUCUUCGCAUUAUAGGUAACCCACAAUGUCAAAUGAAUACUUUUACAAGUAUUAAACAUUUGAAAGAAGAGAUAGCAAUUAUAGUUAUAAUUUUUAUUUUUUUGAGCAUGUAAUUGCUUGAUGUUUAAAUCUAAAGAAAAUAUAACUAGAAAAAAAUCCACUCGGACCAGGCAGCAGACGGGACGCGAACCCGCAGAUGUGUGUUAUUCGCACCCUUCGCAAUCCGGGCGAAUGCACUGACCAAUUAUACUACCGCGGCCCUGAUGGCCACAUCGAAAUUCUUCUAGCCAUUCUUAAGCUGCAAGGCAGCGCCAUCUCUUCGCAUUAUAGGUAUUUGCUUUAAUUUAAUAGAUCUUAGUAGUAAGUUGGAGACGUUUAUCACACAAUUGUUUAUACAUAUUUACAACAUUUAAUUUAGAUUUAAUUAUACAUUUCUCUUUACAUUUUUAACACUGCAUUAAGAAACGCUUAAGUACUUACACACUUUUGAUACAUACACUCUCCUCCUAAAUCACUUCACCUCCAAUUGUAAUUAAUUGUGUAAUAAAAAAAAGUGUUAUAAUGUUACACAAAUUAAUUCAUCGCUACAUUUACAAUAGUUUUUUAUCAAACACCUAAUACAUUUUAUUAUACUUUCGGUCAUCAAUAAUUUAAAAUUAUACACGCUCUGUUCAUUGCAACAUAUACCUUUUUUCCCUUUGUGGUGUAUAUGUAGACUUUAUCCCCCAUAUUAAUAAACGAGGAAUAAGCUUUGACUAGUUACACCGUGUUUUGUUCAUAUCACUUAUUCUUUGUUUUUUAUAAGGGGGUAUGAGUUAAAUAUAAUUUAAAACUCUCUAUAUGCUAGUUCUUGUUCUGAGGAUUUUAUCUAUUACUAGAUGACCCAGCGAACUUCGUACCGCCAUAAACAUAGGGGCAGGUGGUAGAAGAGAAAAUUUAGGGUUGUAUGUAUUUUUUAAUACCACAUUAUAAAAAAAUAAAUAUUGUCCAAAAACAAAUUUUAGGGGUGUGUAAAGUAGUGUUCUAUCAAUUUCCUGGGAUAACAUUCCUCCUAACCCAUAUGAGAACACUACGUUACAAUACCCAAUAGUUUGAAUUUUGGCGUGAAGGCGCAUUGUAGGUUUCAGAACACUACGGUACAGGUGGACAACCAUUAUCACUUAAGGAUAUGAAAAAUAGACAGUAGCCGAUUCUCAGACCCACGGAAUAUGCAUAUAAAAUUUCAUCAAAAUCGGUCAGGCCGUUUCGGAGGAGUAUGGUAACUAACAUUGUGACACGAGAAUUUUAUAUAUAAGAUUGAAUGAUGUAUGAGGUUAUUCUAUCAAAUUUCUUAUGUUUCCAUAACCAUUAUGUGUAGAUAUAAGAUAAAUAUGACUAACAUAAUGAAUUUCUAAAUAAUAUAAAUAUAUUGUUUUCUAUGCAUACUUAAAAUACAAAACAAAAAAAUAUUUAUCCAGACGUCAACCAUAACCCCAUAAUAAUAAUAAAUAUUACCAACACACACACCAAUUAGCCUAGCCCCAAAGUAAGCACUAUAAGACUUGUGUUAUGGGAUACUAGGGUAACGGAUAGAAUACAUAACAUAUAUGUGUAUAAGUAUAUUUAUAUAGAAAUAUUAAACAUAUUAAAAAUCCAUGACUGGAGUACAAAUGCACGUAUUCAUCACACAAACAUCUGCCCCCACCGGGAUUCGAACCCGGGACCUCUUGAGUCGGCGACACCAUGAAACCCGGCGUACAAACCACUCGGCCACGGAGGUCGUCAUUAUAGCUUGCCAGAAUCGAUCAUGUUUCUCAAUUUGAACUUUUGCACCUUCCCGGAAGCGGUCUUGGGGUACUCGUCCACGUAUUUCACUAUCUUGGGGAUCUUGAACCGCGCCAGUUUGCCGGCGAGGUGGUCCGCGAUGUGUUUCGCCGUCACCGUACACCCUGGCUUCACUCGUAGGACCGCACACAGAUCCUCGCCUAGUCGGUCAUCUGAUAUUCCUACAACCUAGAAAAA